AUGUCUGAACCUGGUUCGAAUCAUCAUCUUCUUCCAUUUGAGCAUUUGCCGGCGCAUUGCUACACGCUGCCAAAAUUGACUUCUCCUCUUGUUGUUUCUGCAACUCCUUCUCGUAGUCAUCACAACAACAACAACAACAAUCAACAAAACAAUUCAAGUAACAACAAUCACCCAACCACAGUGGUGGUCGGAAAGAGAAAGAAUAUUGAAUCAGAAGAGGAUCUUGAUGAUGGGGAUAAUCCUCACGGAUGCAAUGAAUCAGCAGCAUUUUGUGGCCACAUCAACCGCCAUGAUCACAUUAUUUGUAGUACCCAACACCUUCUUGUUCCUCAUCAAUUGCACUCUUCAGAGUUGAAAGAAGAGUUUUCCGAACAGCGUCAAUGUGAUGACGAUAAUAACUUUAAAAAAGUGAAAGCCUAUCACCACAUAUGUAACGAAUAUUCUACAACUGUUGCAAGUAGCAAUCUUUGUAUUCCUUCUCCAUUUCCUACUCUCUACAAACAUUGUCAAACAACUGAUUGGUUUUAUAAUUUUAGCAUGUUUGAUUGUGUUCGAAAUUUUGAAAACUAUGUUGAUGAUCCGAGUGAUGCCAACAAUAUCAAAAUGAGCACAAACGAUUAUUUUAAUUACUGUUAUGAUUUUAAUGCUUUACCAACGCACUCUUCGAGUGGACUUCUUAGGCUUUUAAAAGAUUUAGGAAUUACCUCAUUCUAUGACUACAAGUACUUUAUAUUUGUAUUCUUAUUUAAUUUUCAAUCAAAAUUAUCCAUUUCACGAAGCGAAUGGAUUUUUGGAAUGUUCAACUUGCGAUGUGACUCGAUAGACAAGCUUCGAUACAAAAUCAACCAGGUAACUGAGGAGUCUUAUUUGUGGAACUCUGAGCAGAUGAAAAAUUUGUUCACCGUAUCCUUCAAAUUUCUGAGAGAUUCAGAAAAGAGUAGAUCAAUUGAUGCUCAUGUUGCUGCUUAUGCGCUGAGGGUUCUAAUGACAGGAAGAAGCCCUUUCACGGAGACAUUUAGUGACUUUUUGGUUUCAGCUGACAAUCCUAUCAAGUCCAUUAAUUUAGAUCAGUGGAAAAUAUUUGUUGAUUUCUCAGCAAAUAUUGCUCCAAACCUUUCUAACUAUGACUCUAAUGAUGCAUGGCCUUCAUUGUAUGACAUCUAUAUCAGUACAUCUUUUGGAAUUAAUUAA